GUUAAAUAUCUCAAGUUUUUAAACAGAAACCCUCUAUAAACCCUACACCCAACUGUCGCGCCAUCCGACGAUGAAAAAACAACGGCGACAAACAACAGAAGAAUCCAUGGAAGUAUCCACCGACGCCGCUAUCUCCUUCGCCGGUGAAUCAGAUGUAUGCCAACAACUUCUAGACCGCUACGGCAAGUCCGCCGCACCUCAACACCGCCACCUCUGCGCAACCGCUGCCGCUACUCGCUCUAUCAUACAAGCCGAAUCUCUGCCACUCAUACCACUUUCUUACUUCGCUGCCACCAUUGAUGCCCUCUCUGAUACCUCCAGAAUAACCCAUGACGCUGAUGCAGUGUCUGCGCUGUCGUCCUUUUUGGCAAUUGUGUUGCCUCUGGUUCCUGAGAAGUCUAUAGCGACGUCCAAGGCGGCUGAGGCUACGGAGAUUGUAAUUGAGUUGAUGGAGAGUCCAUGCGAGGGUUUGCCUGUUUCGAGUGUGAGGGCUUUGGUCAAGUGUUUGGGGGUGUUGCUGGAGUUUUGUGAUUUGGACGAUUGGGAGUCGGUUAAAUCAGGUUUUCAGACGCUUAUGAAGUACUCAAUAGAUAAGCGUCCAAAGGUCAGAAAAUGCGCUCAAGAUUGUGUUGUAAAGGUCUUCAAAUCUUUUCAAUCUCCUGUCAAAAAAAGGGCAAGCAAGUUGGUAUUAAAAUCAUUAAAAACUUAUAUGCCGUUGGCGGUUAAAACAGUUGCUUCAAGAUCUGCAGAUGAAUCUAAAGAUGAUAGUUUAUCGAAAUGUGAACACUUAGAGGUUCUUCAUAUGUUAAAUUUAUUGAAAUUUCUGGUCCCUUAUUUACCUAGCAAAGUCAUAUCAAAGGCUGUUGUAGAAUUACAAAAAGCUAUAAGUGUCAGGUUCUCAGCAUUAACGAGGCACACUUUUGAUGUUAUGGAGGAGAUACUCCGAUUCUUGGAAGUUGGAUCGACGAUUCCGGAUAUUGUAAAGAUAGUCGCAACACUUGCAUCAUAUAUAUCUGUGAGACAGAACCCUGUAGACACAAUUUUUUCUGCAUCAGCUCUACUUGUGAAUUUUCUUACCAAAUUUCAGAUUGGAGAUUCAAACAAAUGGAAUAGUCAUUAUUCCUUAGUCACUGGCUCUAUAACAGGUCUUUUGACAUCCGAAGCUACCGCUACAAAGGCAUCAAUUAUUAUAAAAGAAAUGAUAAACGAUCACAUUGAUGUAGAUAUCCUGUCGAGUUCGAAGAUGAUGCUUGCCGAUGAAAAUUAUGUUGAUUCCAAAGAAUCAAGAAUUUUGAAAUCUUUAUGCGAUAUGCUUCUUAAAGUUCUAAGUACCAAUCGAGGAAUUCCAAAUGAGCAUACUUUGGCUGUCAUCUCUGUUUUAUUUCUCAAACUUGGGAAGAGUUCUCAUAUCUACAUGGGGAGCAUACUUCUGAAGCUUGCAAGUUUUAUGACAGUUGCAUCUGGAAAUACUUCUGAUGUAAAGCAUCUUCAGGAGUGUUUGGGGUCUGCUGUAAUUGCUAUGGGACCGGAGAAACUACUUGAGGCUAUACCUAUUACCCUUGAUGCCAAUCUGACCUGCUCAAAUAUUUGGUUAAUACCUAUUUUGAAGGACUAUGUUGCUGGAUCAUCCUUGGGGUUCUUUAUAGAGUGUAUAGUUCCUCUAGCUGAUUCCUUUCAAGAGGCAUGCCAAAAAGUUAAAAUGUCAGUAAUUCGAGAAGAACUACAGGCUCAUGCCCGAGGAUGUUGGGAAUUAUUGCCUGCCUUCUGUCGCUAUCCACAUGACAUGCAUCAAAAUUUUCAGUCAUUGGCGAAACUUCUGAUUUCAUGCCUCAGAAAGGAUUCCUUUAUGCUUGAGACUGUGGCCCUUGCCUUGCAGCAUCUUGUGAAGCAAAACAGGAGUGUCCUUAGUGCUGACCAGGGUGAUGUAGAGGUCUCCAAACUUCCAAAGACGAGUUACUCGAAAAAAACUGCUACCAGGAACAUCAAGGCCUUGGCAUCAUGUUCAGAGGAGUUGCUUCAGGCUUUUACCAAACUUCUUGUAAAGGUGCCUCUUGAGAAGCAUGCUUUCUUAAAGGAUACCAUUGAAUGCUUGGCUCUUAUCACUGAUUCUUCAGCAAUAACAAAGAUAUUCCUUUCGUCCCUUAAAAGAUUAAAGCUGAAUGUUUCUGUAGAUAAGGUGAUAGAUGAUAAAUCCUCUACAAACAAAAAUGCAAACAGGUGCUUAAUACUUGAGCUAGCAUCAUCUGUUGUUGGAGCAGCUAGCUUGGAUCUCAUUGAUCUCAUAUACAACUUUAUCAGGCAGAGUUUGCAGGAAGAGGAUGACAACAUCCAGAGUGAAUCCUAUGCUACCCUUUACAAAAUUUUGGAGAAAUCUUCUGGGUUCUGCUCUUCUAGAUUUGAGGAACUUGUGGAGUUAUUACUUGGUUUCAAGUCCCCUGCCUAUGUUACUUCACUCAGAUGGCGGUUUUCAUGCUUUCGGACCUUGUUAAUUCACUCAAUUGAGAGAACUUCGGAUGGAGAGAACACUCAUGGUUUUCGUAUGCUGAACGAAAUUAUAGUGACAUUAAAAGAUUCCAAGGAAGAAAGCAGAAAAGUGGCAUAUGAUAUACUUCUAGGGAUGAGCUCUAGCUUGCAAAAAACGUCAUCUUCACCCGACAAAGGACCUUAUUAUGAAUUCAUCAGCAUGAUAAUGGGAUAUCUCUCUGGGUCUUCUCCUCAUAUAAAGAGUGGCGCUGUCUCUGCGUUAUCUUUAGUUAUUUAUAAUGACUCAAAGAUUUGCAAUUCGAUGCCUGAUCUUGUGCCAUCGAUCUUGGAGUUGCUGCAUAGUAAAGCCAUAGAAGUUAUAAAAGCUGUUUUAGGCUUUCUCAAGGUGUUAGUUUUGAGCCUUCAAGUGAGAGACUUGCAGAAUUUUAUGUCUGAUAUCCUCAGUGGACUUCUACCAUGGUCAUCUGUUUCACGGCAUCAUUUCAAAUCAAAAGUCACGGUCAUCCUGGAGAUUAUUAUGCGAAAGUGUGGUUCUGCAUCGGUGAAAUCUCUAGUACCUGAGAAAUAUCGAGAUUUUGUUAAGAAUGUCUUGGAGAACCGUCAAGGCAAGACAAGUUCCCAGGAAGCUGUCACAACCAAAACCGAGGCAGAAAAUUCUGAUACAACUCCCAAGAGUAGACAAAAGAAGAUACCCAAGGCAGCUGGGAGUAUUACCAGCAAUAACAACGAACGUUCAACGGAACCCCGAAAGAGGAAGAGGGAUGAUAAACGCAGCUCAUAUAAGCCUCGUAAAUUUGCACCUGCAGGAAACACUGUUGAUAGGAAGAAAGAAGUAAAACAUUCAGGCAAAAGGAAAAUCGCGAAUUUCAAAAGUGAUAACUCAGGUGGGAAGAGACGGAAACAGUGGACGAAGAAAAAUACACGCGUUUAGUGCUGUAAAAAAAGAGUUUUGAGACACUUGGAUCCAUCAUGUUGUCAGCCAUCUAAAUUCUGAUACUAAUACGUGCAAUUCAUUAUCCUUCCAAUUUCUGAGUAGUUGCUAUUGGAGUGAAGUAAAGGCUAUGAAGGAUACAACCGUUAUAAUCCAAUCUUGACCCUCCAUUCUCUUGA